AUGGAAGAGGAUGAAAUACUUCAGCAUUCAUUUUACAUGACCAGCAUUAUGGACAAUGAAUUCCCCAGAAUUCUAAAUCUGAAAGAUAUAACUUUAAAGAGUCCCAUCCCAGUAGAAAUUUUACGAGGUAUGUUAGUCCAGGCCGGAUUGGCUGGUGUCGAAAGAGGAGCAGAGGCUCCACCAAUCACAGUGCUGCGCUUUCCGUCUUUCUGGCCGGCCUGCAGGGUGCUCCCGGAGGAACGCCCCCGGGGGUUGCUAGGGAGACGGGACGCUGCUGCGCCGUCCCGCGCUGCGAGCCCCGAACCCGCCGGGACCCCCGCGGAGCGGCCGCGCGGCGCUGCCCGCGUCCGUCACUGCACCGCCUGCGCAUCCAGAACGCUUUACUGGGGAGGGGGCGCGCUCUUGAUUGCUUCCAUGGAAAGUUCGUUCUCCUUCUUUCAAGAAAAAGAAAGGCAAGAACUCGGCGGGGCAGAGCCGCCCGGGGAAGAAGGAGCCAUGGCAGCUUCUCCUCCGGAGCCCGAACCCCCGUCCCCCGCGCCCUGGGAGGCCGAGCGGAGCCCAGCAGACCCCGAGCCCGGGCCUCUGGGAGACGUCCCCGGACCCCGGGGGCCAGCUCCCGCGGCCCCUCCUCGGGAGCCCUCCGCCCCGACGCCGGGCAGCCCCGACCCGGACCUGGCGGCCCCCUGGCGGCCAGGCAGAACCAGCAGCGCGGGCGCGGGUCCCGAUCCGCGCCGCCGGCCGUCCGAGGAGAGGGAGUCCGCACCCCAUCACGCGAGUCCCUCAGAGGAAGCGUCCUUCCCCUGGGCUCCACAAUCCGGAGCUGGCCUGCGUGGGCCGUGGGGUGCCAGCCACGACGACUCCCCGCGGGAAGAGCGCGGGGUGAUCAUUUCUCCGGAGGAAGACUCAGACGGCCACUGGGACCCGGCUCUGCCCGAGCCCCGGGCCAGCGAGGAGGCCCCCAGCAUGCUGGACAUCGCCAUCCAGAAUGCCAAGUCCUUCCUACAGAGCACCAGCAGCAAGACAGGCUUAAACCUAUAUGAUCAUCUUGCUAACAUGCUUACCAAGAUAUUAGAUGAGCGUCCUGAAAAUGCUGUUGAUAUCAUUGAAAAAAUCAGUCAAGAUGUAAAACUGGCACAUUUUAGUAAAAAAUUCGAUACCCUGCAAAAUGAGAAUGAGCUGCUUCCAGCAUAUGAAAUUGCAGAGAGACAAAGGGUUCUUUUUCUUCAGGGACAUUUGGAAGGAGCUGAUCAGGAACUGGAAGAUGAAAUGGUAGAAAACUCUCUUCCAAAUGUAAUGGAGUCAGCAUAUUAUUUUGAACAAGCUGGAGUUGGCUUGGGAACAGAUGAAACUUAUCGCAUAUUUCUGGCCCUCAAACAACUUACUGACACUCACCCAAUCCAAAGAUGCCGAUUAUGGGGCAAGAUCCUGGGCCUGGAAAUGAACUAUAUUAUAGCUGAAGUGGAAUUUCGUGAGGGGGAAGAGGAAGAGGAGGUGGAAGAGGAAGAUGUUGCUGACGAGAAGGACAAUGGAGAAAGUGAAGCUGAGGAUGAGGAAGAUGAACUACCAAAGUCCCUUUACAAGGCCCCACAAGCUAUACCUAAAGAAGAAAGUCGAACAGGUGCCAACAAAUACAUCUAUUUUGUUUGCAAUGAACCAGGAAGACCAUGGGUGAAGUUACCAUUAGUUACACCUGCACAAAUUGUUACUGCAAGAAAAAUCAAGAAAUAUUUCACUGGGCGAUUAGAUGCUCCCGUCAUAAGCUUCCCACCCUUCCCAGGAAAUGAGAGCAAUUAUUUGCGAGCACAAAUUGCCCGGAUUUCAGCAGGAACCCACAUCAGUCCUCUAGGAUUCUAUCAGUUUGGUGAAGAGGAAGGAGAGGAGGAGGAAGAAGUAGAAGGUGGACGAGAUAGCUUUGAGGAAAACCCUGAAUUUGAAGGCAUCCAAGUAGUUGAUCUAGUGGAAUCUCUAUCCAAUUGGGUUCAUCAUGUACAAUAUAUUCUCCCUCAGGGACGCUGUAAUUGGUUCAACCCCACACGAAAAAACGAGGAAGAAGAGGAGGAAAUAGAAGAAGAAAAAGAAGAAAAAGGUGAAGAGCCUGACUACAUAGAACAGGAAGUGGGGCCUCCUCUUCUGACACCUAUCUCUGAAGAUUUAGAGAUUCAGAACAUCCCCCCUUGGACAGCACGGCUAUCAUCACAUUUCAUUCCUCAGUAUGCUAUUGCAGUCCUUCGUUCCAAUCUUUGGCCUGGAGCAUAUGCUUUCUCCAAUGGCAAAAAGUUUGAAAAUUUCUACAUAGGCUGGGGUCAUAAGUAUAGCGUGGACAAUUAUACUCCUCCAGUUCUACCACCAGUUUAUCAGGAAUACCCGAGCAGAUCAGAGGUUAUAGAAAUGGAUGACCCCAGCGUGGAGGAGGAGCAGGCUCUGAUGGCUGCAAAAGAAGCAUCUGAAUUUGUGGCAGAGGAGAUUGAAGAAUCAGAGGAAGAUGAAUAUGAGGAAGAAGAUGAAGACUAACAACUAAAUUAGCCCACUCUUAGGUGUCCUUAAUAUACACAUCCAAUGUAGGCAAGGGGUGUGUGUGAUUAUAUGCAUAGAUAAAACUCAUGUGCAAAGUGUCAUUCCUUGAAAACACCAAACUUGACAUUUCAUACAAUUUUUAUAGAAAGAUGUCCAAAGACUUUCCCGAGGCUAAAUGACAUCACUGUUCUCAUGACUGCAGUAAGUGUAUACUGUGUCCUCUAUAAAUCUCACAGUUCAGAUUUUAAUCCACAGAGCCUUUUUGAGACUUCUAUAAAGUAUUGAGGGGAUGUGGAGAUUUAAAAAAAAAAAAACCAACAAAACACAUAUUGAAAACUCCUUAACUCCAGCAUGUAUUUUGUUAGCAUUGUAAGAAUGGAAGUAGAACAUGUAGCUUUCUUAAUCCUGCUUUACCAAGCCUAUGUGUGAUAUUUGUGUGCAAUUGUGGUGUAUGUGUAUAUAAUCUUCCCUGGGUGAAUGUUCAUAAUUCUAUAAUCACUCAGUCUAUAGAGACACUCCAUUUUUUUUAUCCCUUUUGUUACUUUUCAGCUUCCUUAAUCAAAACUAAUUUGUGGGGCCAGGUAAAGAGAUUUGCAAGUAUAAUCCCAACUACUCAGGAGGUAGAGUUUGGAAGAUCUUAGGGCUGGCUCAGGCAGAAUUAACAAGACUCUCAUCUCAGAGAACAAGCCAGAUGUGGUGAGCAAUGCUGUACUCCCGGUUAUGAGGGGGAAGAAUCAUGGUCUGAGGUCAAUUCCAUGUAAAAAUGUGAGACCCUACCUGAAAAACAACUAAGGCCAAAAGGGCUAGAAGCAUGGCUCAAAUUGUUGAGAGCUCACCAACCAAGGACAAAUUUCUAAGUUCAAAUCCAAGCAACACAAAAUAUUAAUUUGAAUUAAGGAAAAAUGAUAGGCAGAGAAGGGAAGGGGGGAUUAUCCAGACACCUUAAAGUUCUUUAGCGUUACUUCUUUAAAAUAUUUUCAUUUACUGAGAAGUAUUUUUAAGUUCAAGUGUACUAAUCAAAAGUAGGCAUAGUUCACAGAAGGGAGGAAUUAUGAGAAGGUAAACAGAAAAUGAGACUAAAAUAUAGCCUGUAGUAUGAUACAAUCCACUACAAGAGGCCAUAGAAUAGCACAUGUCAAAUUCUGUGGAAAAGGAACAAUUAAAAAAAAAUUUCAGCCAGGGAUUGGUGGUUCAUGCCUGUAAUCCUAGCUACUC